AUGCAUUCUCCCUCGAUCAUGAUGGGAUUGAGUACUACUCUCCUUUUGCUUUCUCUACUUCUUCUUCAUCAAUGCAUAUCAACCGCUAACGCAACCCAAGUUUCUCACGAUGGUAGGGCCAUCACCAUUGAUGGCCAGCGCCGUCUUCUCAUCUGUGGCUCCAUUCAUUAUCCACGUAGCACGCCCGAGAUGUGGCCUGAUUUGAUUAAGAAGGCUAAAGAGGGUGGCCUCGAUGCAAUCGAAACUUAUGUUUUUUGGAAUGCUCAUGAGCCUUUUCGUCGCCAGUAUGACUUUUCUGGCAAUUUGGAUUUUAUAAGAGGAUUUCCACUAUGGUUGCACAACAUGCGUGGGAUUGAAGAACUUCGAACAGAUAAUACUGUGUACAUGAAAGAGAUGCAAAAUUUUACUGAAAAGAUAGUCGAAUUGGUAAAAAAAGAGAAGCUUUUUGCUUCUCAAGGAGGACCCAUCAUUCUUUCCCAGAUCGAAAAUGAGUAUGGAAAUGUGAUGACAUCUUAUGGACAUGCUGCGAAAGUUUAUGUCGACUGGUGUGCAAAGAUGGCUGAUUCACUUAAUAUUGGUGUCCCAUGGAUCAUGUGUCAACAAAGUGAUGCUCCAAAGCCUAUGAUAAAUACAUGCAAUGGCUGGUAUUGUGAUGAAUUUACUCCCAACAAUCCCAAUAGCCCAAAGAUGUGGACUGAAAACUGGACUGGAUGGUUCAAGAGUUGGGGUGGUUCAGAUCCGUUUAGAACAACUGAGGAUAUUGCUUAUGCUACUGCAAGGUUUUUUCAGCGUGGAGGCACUUUCAAUAACUACUAUAUGUAUCAUGGUGGCACAAAUUUUGGUAGAUCUGCUGGUGGUCCAUUAAUCACAACCUCAUACGACUAUGAUGCUCCUCUUGAUGAAUAUGGGAAUUUCAAUCAACCCAAAUUUGGGCACUUGAAGAAGCUCCAUGAUGCUCUUCAUUCCAUGGAGAAGGUUCUUAUCCAUGGCAAUGUUUCACACACAGACAUGGGGAAUUCAGUUUCGGCAUCGAUUUAUCAGUCAACCGAUGGAACUGGUUGUUUUUUGAGCAAUACAAAUACGACAUCGGAUGCUAGGGUUAGUUUUCAAGGAACACUGUACGACGUUCCUGCAUGGUCUGUUAGUUUACUUCCCGACUGUAAGAAUGAAGUCUAUAACACAGCCAAGGUGAACACUGAAACAUGGGUGAUAGAGAAGAAAGCAAAUCAAACAGAGCAAGAACCAGUACCUUUGAAGUGGGCAUGGAGGCAUGAGAACAUCGAUGACACGGUUAUUAAAGGCAAGGGAGACAAAACUGCUUCUAAACUCAUGGAUCAAAAAGCUGCUAAUGAUGUUAGUGACUACCUAUGGUACAUGACCAGUGUGAAUAUCGAUGAGAAUGACCCGAUUUGGAGCGAUGAUAUGAGCCUGAGAGUUAAUUGUACUGGCCAAGUUCUCCAUGCAUACGUAAACGGUGAAUAUAUAGGAAGAGAAUUUGUUACAUACGGAAUUUUCCAUUAUGUUUUCGAGAAAAAGAUUAAGUUGAAACCUGGCCUGAAUCAAAUAACCCUACUUAGCGUCACCACCGGUUUUCAGCAUUAUGGGCCGAAAUUUGAUAUGAUUGCAAAUGGUGUUCCUGGUCCAGUAGAGAUCAUAGGAAGGAAAGGCGAUCAAACUGUCAUUACAGAUCUUUCUUCCCACGAAUGGUCUUUUAAAGCCGGAAUAAAAAGCAUCGAUCAAUAUAAUAACCUUGUUAAAGUCGAUUCCUCCGAGUGGAAAACUCAUGAUCUUCCCACACAACGAAAAAUGACUUGGUACAAGACGACAUUCAAAGCUCCGAUGGGAAAAGAUCCGGUGUCAUUGGAUCUUGACGGACUAGGUAAAGGACUUGCAUGGGUGAACGGGAAAAGCAUCGGUAGAUAUUGGCCAAGCAACAUUGCAAAAAACCAUUAUUGCUCGGAGAAAGCUUGCGAUUAUCGUGGUAAAUACGAUAACAACAAGUGUGUUAGGGCCUGUGGUUUACCGACGCAAAGGUGGUAUCAUGUUCCACGAUCGUUCUUGGUGGAUGGUGAUCAGAAUGAACUGGUUUUGUGGGAGGAAUUUGGAGGCAACCCAUCGUCGGUGAAUUUCCAGACAGUGUCAGUCGGAAAGGCGUGUGGUUAUGCAUACGAGAACAAGACGAUGGAGAUAUCGUGCAGCCAUGGUCGAAGCAUCACUGCAGUUCGAUUUGCUUCUUUUGGAGACGUUCAAGGGAGCUGUGGGUCGUUUCAAAAGGGGACUUGUCAAGGGGGAAAGAAUGCUUUGGACGUAUUGAAAAAGGAAUGCAUUGGGAAGGAGAAAUGUGUGGUUGCAGCAAAUGAAGCCGUGUUUGGAUCCGUCGAUUGUAAGGGUAUCAGAAAGAGACUUGUUGCAGAAGUAGUUUGUUAG